AUGACUGGACGAGACGCGCUUUCCGACGGGCGCGCCAGGAGCCAGACGCUGGCGCCCGGCACGUCCCCCACGGGCUCGCGCCCCCGGGGCUUCGCCAUCAUGGACCUGCUGGGCUUGGAAGCCGAACUGCCGGCGCCCGCCCGCCCGGAGCCGGGAUCGGGCUGCGAGGGCCCGACAGCCUUCCUGCCGCCCGGGGGCUCCAAGGCCGCUGCCCCGCAGGCCCCAGGACGCUCGCCGCCCGCCCUGGGCCGCCAGAAGCGCAGCGAGAGCGUCUCCACGUCCGAUGAGGACAGCCCAUCUGAAGACAAAGGUGACCUGAAGGUGUCCCCCACCCUGGGCAAGAGGAAGAAGCGGCGGCACAGGACAGUUUUCACUGCUCACCAGCUGGAAGAGCUGGAGAAGGCAUUCAGCGAGGCCCACUACCCUGACGUGUAUGCCCGGGAAAUGCUGGCUGUGAAAACCGAGCUACCCGAGGACCGAAUACAGGUCUGGUUUCAAAACCGGAGGGCCAAGUGGCGCAAGCGGGAGAAGCGCUGGGGCGGCAGCAGCCUGAUGGCCGAGUACGGGCUGUACGGGGCCAUGGUACGGCACUGCAUCCCGCUGCCCGACUCCGUGCUCAACGCGGCCGAGGGUGGCCUGCUGGGCUCCUGUGCGCCCUGGCUCCUGGGAAUGCAUAAAAAAUCCAUGGGGAUGAUAAGGAAACCAGGAAGUGAAGACAAGUUAGCAGGACUCUGGUGCUCUGACCAGCUCAAAGAAGGUUCUAGCCAGAGUCAGGCAGGACCCCAGAGAGGCUUGGACAAGGCGAGCCCUGUGAAUGGCUUGGAAGACGUGGCUAUCGAUCUCUCCAGCUCUGCCCGGCAGGAGACCAAGAAAGUGCAUCUGGGGGCCAGUGCUCAAGGAAGCUCCAACUCCACCGGCCUGGAGGGGCUCCAGCCAGGGAAGGUGGUAGCCUGA